CCGGUGCUUCGCAGAGGAGAAUCAUCGUCCUUCGAAGCCGGGUGGGCGAGAGCGGAAGAAGAGGAGCCUCAGCAAAAAUGUUGAAGUUUUCCAAAGGGUGUUCCCUGAUUCGAUUCUUUGCUCACAGUCCUUCUCUCCUGGGAUGGACCUUACCCAGCUUUAGGACUUCCUUCUGUUUCUCCAAAUGUCUUCAUUCCAGCUACGGACAUGUUUCCCCUGCCUUCACUAGAGCUCUGGCGUUCGGAGAGAAAAUUGCCAUAGUGGAUCGAAAUGGAGAGCAUACCUAUCGGGAGGUCUAUGCCCGAAGCCUCCAACUCUCCUGGAGAAUCUGUAAAACUCUUGGGAAUGUGAAUGGAGACCUGAAAGGAGAAAGGAUUGCCUUUUUGUGCCCCAACGAUGCCUCCUAUGUCACAGCCCAGUGGGCCUCCUGGAUGAGUGGCGCCAUUGCCGUUCCUCUUUACCGAAAGCACCCCAUGCCAGAACUGGAGUAUUUCAUUCAGGAUUCACAAAGUGCCCUCCUCGUUGUAGAGGAAGGCUACUUGGACAAGGUCACUCCAAGUGCAGAGAGACUAGGGAUUCCUGUACUCCCCCUUCUGGGCUCUGGGAAAUCGGACAUGGUGGCAAAUGGGUCCCUUUUAGAAGCCGGCUGUCCCAUUUCGGAGUGGAAGGACCGGGGCGCCAUGAUCGUCUACACAAGUGGCACAACUGGGAGGCCCAAGGGAGUCCUCAGCACCCAUCAGAACCUUCAAGCUGUGAUCACUGGGCUGGUGGACAAAUGGGAGUGGACUAAGGAUGAUGUGAUUCUCCAUGUGUUGCCUCUGCAUCAUGUCCACGGCAUCGUCAACAAGCUCCUGUGUCCCCUCUGGGUGGGAGCCACCUGCGUCAUGCUCCCUGAGUUCAAUGCACAGGCGGUUUGGGAGACAUUCCUGAACCCCCAAACCCACCGGGUCAACAUCUUCAUGGCCGUGCCGACCAUUUACGCCAAACUGACCGAGUAUUAUAGCCAGCACUAUACACAGCCUCAUGUCCAGGAUUUCAUCCGUGCUGUUUGCCAGAAUAACAUUCGGUUGAUGGUCUCUGGGUCUGCGGCCCUCCCUGUUCCUGUCCUUGAGAAAUGGAAGAGCAUCACGGGGCACACGCUGCUGGAGAGAUACGGCAUGACGGAGGUCGGGAUGGCCCUUUCCAACCCUCUGCGUGGCCCUCGGGUUCCAGGAUCGGUGGGGAAUCCGCUGCCUGGGGUAAAAGUCCGCAUUGCCACAGAAAGCUUGCAAAGAGAUGGUCCGGCUUAUACUGUCCAUGCAGAAGGAAACGAGGAUGGCACCAAGGUGACUCCCGGUUUGGAGAACAAAGAAGGGGAGCUCUUUGUGAAGGGGCCGACAGUGUUUCGGGAAUACUGGAACAAACCCACAGAGACCAAGGAGGCUUUUACCCCUGAUGGCUGGUUCAAAACAGGAGACACAGCUGUGUAUAAAGAUGGCACCUACUGGAUCCGAGGACGCACCUCUGUUGACAUCAUCAAAAGUGGCGGCUACAAAAUCAGCGCCUUGGAAGUGGAACGGCAUUUGUUGGCCCACCAGAGCAUUGCAGAUGUAGCGGUGAUUGGAGCCCCAGACUCGAUGUGGGGCCAGAGAGUCAGUGCGGUGGUCAAGCUCCACAAAGGCCAUACUUUGUCGCUCAAGGAGCUGAAGGAAUGGGCAAGGGAGUCCAUGGCGUCCUACACCAUCCCCUCUGAGCUCCUUCUGGUGGAGGAGAUACCGAGGAACCAAAUGGGCAAAGUGGACAAGAAGCAGCUCCUCAGGCAGUUCUAUUCCUCCAUUUAAGAGAGCUACGUUGGCAGCCUUGGCCCGAGAGAGACCAAACAAUGGGGCCCAGAUUCUUCCAAAACGGCAAUUGGAUGCCGCUCUCCUUUCCGACGCUCAGGUCACUUUUAGCCUUAUCAUCAUGUCAAAGGUGGGACCGGACCUGUGAUUUAUUUUCCUAAAUGUGAACCAAUGUUGUAUAAAAACAGACUUGCUUC